AUGACAACAUACAUAGAUAGUUUAUCUAUAGAUAAAUGUAAAGAAUUGAUUAGUGUUGGAUUAGAAUCAAUACAAUCAAGAACAUAUAUAAAAAUUUAUGGAAUAAUACCAAAUGAUCAAAGGAUUGAAUCAAUUUAUGAUAAUGCAAUUGGUAGGAUUACAAAUGUUUAUCAAUACCUUGAAUCUAUACAAUCGAUUGUACACAUUCAAGAUAUAAGGGAAUUGGCAAACCUAGCUGAAAAGAAUCACAAGUUGUGUAGAAUAUUGGCUCAGAGAGAGGUAGUAAUGACUCUGUUACAAAUCAUUAUCCGUGCAGAGGAAUUAUGGAAACAUAAUUAUUAUACUCGAUUACCUCUAACUGAACAAAACGUUAAUCAAUUAUAUACUACUCUUGACAAUGAAUCUUUAAUGUUGGAUUGUAUUGAUUUAUUAAAUAGUAUUUUACCUUGGGUAAAUGUUUCAGAUAUACCAUAUGAAAGGUUUUAUAAAGUAAUUUGUAUUCAUUCAACAUCGCCAACAAGUUAUAGAUUGGCGUGUGCGGUAUUGAGAACAAUGACUUUGAAUAGAGAAACCAUUCAACCAUUUAUCAGUGUUGGGAUGAUUAAUAUUGUUAGAUUCUUUUUAGUCUAUCAAGUCAAAUCAGAGUAUUCACAGUUACAAGAGUAUUGGUUACAAAUUACAAAUAUUAUAUUCAAAGACAACGAUAGACGAUAUUAUUUUAAAUCAUUAUCGGAUCAAUCAUUGAUCGAGGAAUAUUAUGAAAAAGGGAGAUUUAAAUUAUGGAUUCCCCAAGCAAAAGGAUUACGUAUCACAUCAUUUCGAGUGAUGAGUGAAAUCAUUUUAGAUGGUAUUGGGUAUUAUCAAGGUUGGAUAAAUACAACAGCAUUAUUUAUGGGUCAUGUCUAUAUAGACUCACCUUUUUCCGAUAUGAUCUAUCGGAGAUUAGAUUCCACAGUGACUAGGUAUUUGGCAAGUUCAUUCUAUGCAUCAUCAUUGUUACUCUAUUUCACGGUAUUCCUUUCUCGCAAAGAAUUCAUCUAUCUGUCUGUGUCGACUGUCUUGGCAAUGUCCAUUAACAUGUAUCAAGAGCGACUAGUCAAUCACCAAAAAUUAAGUGGUUUCAUUUAUAAAGCUUUUGCAAAAUAUUAUCAAACUCCUCCUCAUCUUGAUUCUUCAAUUAAUAAUAAUGAUCAAAGAAAAAUGAUUAAUAAUAGAUCAGAUAUUCUGGAUUAUCCAUUUCAAUAA